AUUACAGUCACUCAGGCGCAGCCGGAUGAGUUUUAGUUCGAGAUGGAUUAUUACCCUGGAUUAUAUCUGCAGUGGAGCUGAACUAACUGGAGAAUGCUGGACCGACUCUGUAAAUACAAGCAGGCUUAGGAUCGAGGCAUUUGCACACACGGAUUUGUCUCCCAGGCGUUUCAUUCGCGCGUGUGUUUGUAUAUUUGUUUGGCACACGGAAUCAGGACCCCCGAAGCGAUCAGGCGUCAUCAUCAUGGCAACAUGCGCCGUGAUUUACCCCAGCAGCAGCCUGAUGCUACUCCUGCUGCUCUUCAGACCUCUGCACGGUGGAUCGUACGCCCCUUUUACGGACCGGUCUGGUUUUACAGACUCUAUCGACCUGCCAGUAAAUUCUACCGCUGAAAGCACAAGCUGGGAGGAGGUGAGUGUUCCGGAAAGCUCGCAGCCCGCCUGGAGGACUUUCAGCCCCGGGACGGAUUCACUGUCCACUCCAGGCUUGAGCACCGAUGAUCGCCGACUGUCACCUUCUGUGUCCAGUACCGGGCCUGGGAGGAGGAACCGGACAAACCAUAGCAUAACAUUGGAAAGCUGGAUACGUGAUUCUCAACAUAAAAGCACAUAUAUCUCUAGUACUGGAGAAGUGGAACCCCUGUUAACUAAUAGCACAGUUGUAGAAAAAAAUGACUUGACCCCUUCUUCGAUACUAGUUACUGACAGUUCCCAAAAUCCUUCAGCAGCCACGACUUCACGAUUAGAAUCUGAAGAAAGCAUUACAUUUGAUUCUGAACCAACAGAUCAUUCAUACUCUACAAUAUCUCCAAGAGAAAUUUCAUCUACAGAGCUUUUUGUUUCUAAAAGUCAUUUUUUAAAAUCAGCUGUUGUUAAAGAGACUUCAAGAAAAGGUGAAGAACUUGAAAACUGGCACCUUGACACAACAUCUGAAGGAGCUGAUAAUCUUGAAAGGUUGUUAAGUACUUCACCUGGUGUUUCUGAAGAACCCUUAUAUACUGUCCCAUAUGUUUUAAAAAUACCUCUAAAUACGUUGCCAGUUGGAUCUAAAAGAUAUUUAUCUACUGAAUUGGACAAUCCAGAAAGAUCUGUAAGUACAUCAAUAAAUGAUUCAGAAGUAUUUAGUAUUUUACAAAAUAUUUCUGAGAAGUUUUUAAAUAGCACACAGAACUAUACUAAUUGGUCUUCAAGCACUUCACUGAAAGAUUCUGAAAGACGUACUUUAACAAAUGUUUUUAAAAUCUUGCCAAACUUUUCACAAAGUAAGACUGAUAGAACUUUAAGUACAUUGCCAAAUUAUUCUAAAAGAUCGAAUACUUCGAUAAAUGAUGUUAAACGAUCUGUAAGUACUUUGCCAAAUGAUUCUAAAACAGCUACAGUUGGUGUUCGAAGUGAUUCUGGAUGGUCAAGUACAUUGAUUAAUGCAUUUUCAAGCUCCUCAAACUCUUCACCAAGUGAUACCGAAGAAGCAGGUACUACACUGAAUGAUUUGACAAGAUCUUCAAGCACUUUGUCAAAUGAUUCUAAAAUGUCUACAAUUCAUGCUCAAAAUGCUUCUGACAGAUCAACAACACUGAUAAAUAUUUUUGAGAACCCUUCAAACUCUUCAAGUGAUACUGAAAUAUCAAGUACUUUGAUAAAUGAUUUUAUAAGAUCUGUAAGUACUUUGCCAAAUGAUUCUAAAAUUUCUACAGUUAGUGCUGAAAAUGAUUCUGAAUGGUCAAGUAUGUUAAUUAAUGAUUUUGAGAAUUACUUAAACUCUUCACCAAGUGACACUGAGGGACGAAGUACUACACUGAAUGAUUUGAAAAGAUCUUUAAGUGCUUCAUCAAAUGAUUCUAAAAUGUCUACAAUUCAUGCUGAAAAUUCUACUGAAAGUUCAACAAUGUUGAUAAAUAUUUUUCAGAGUCCUUUGAACUCUUCACGAAGUAAUAAUGAAAUAUCAAGUACCUUGAUAAAUAAUUUUAAAAGGUCUGUAAGUACUUUGUCAAACGAUUCUAAUAUGUCUACGGUUAGUGCUCAAAAUGAUUCUGAAUGGUCAAGUACAUUAAUUAAUGCUUUUGAGAACUACUCAAACUCUUCACCAAGUGACACUGAGGGACGAAGUACUACACUGAAUGAUAUGAAAAGAUCUUUAAACACUUCACCAAAUGAUUCUAAAACAUCUACAAUUCAUGCUGAAAAUGCGUCUGAAAGUUCAACAAUAUUGACAAGUAUUUUUCAGAGCCCUUUGAACUCUUCACGAAGUGAUACUGAAAUGUCAAGUACCUUGAUAAGUGAUUUUAAAAGGUCUGUAAGUACUUUCCCUAAUGAUUCUAAUAUGUCUACAGUUGAUGCUCAAAAUGAUUCUGAAUGGUCAAGUACGUUAAUUAAUGUUUCUGAGAACUACUCAAACUCUUCACCAAAUGAUUCUGCAAGAUCAAGCAUUUCAAUGAAUGAUUUUAAAAGGUCUUUAAGUACUUCACCAAAUGAUUCAAAAAUAUCAACAAAUAGUGUUCACAAUGCUUCUGAAAGUUCUAAUACUUUGACAACUGCUUUUGAGAGUUCUUCAAACUCUUCAUUGAGUGAUACUGCAAGAUCUUUAAGCACUUCACCAAAUUAUUUUAAAAGAUCUUUAAGUACUUCAUUGAAAGAUUCUGAAAAAUGGAGUUCUUCACCAAAUGUUUCUGAAAGUACCCUAAUUAUUGGUCAAAAUGACUCUGAAAGCUCACUGAGUGCUUCACUAAAUGAUUCUAAAAGUUCAUUAGGUUCUACACCAAAUAAUUCUGAAAAUCCUUUCAGUACUUCAUUGAGCAGCUAUGAAAUUCUCAAUACUACAACAAAUAGUUCUGAAGAGACAACUCAUUCACAUUCAACAUCCAAGCCAAUGGAUUUUGAUAACAUUACACAUUGGUCAGAUGCAGUCAAGUCACCAGAUAGUCUAUCCUCAGGGUCAGUUUAUACUCAGACAAAUGGUUCAACAUCAACAAGUGACUCCAUUCUUAUUUCAGAUGUUGAAAGCAUAACUGCCAUUACAGCAUCAAGCCAUUCACUUCCCAGAACUACAGAUGAUAUCUUAAAUACUACUGUACUGUCUGAAAUGUACAGUAUUACUAACUUAAUUGCAACAGCUUUGUCUUCAGUGCCAUCAGGUUCUGAAGGCAUAGUGAAUGAUUUUACAGUGUUAAGUUCUAACUUUACUGCAACUAAUUCCUCUAAACUAGGUUUAGUUGAAGCGGCAACUAAUGGUUUUCUUAAAACUCAAUUUGCAAAAACAACAACUAGCACUAAUCUGAGGCGCGCAUUUCCUGAAAGGCCAACAGACUCUCCCAGAACAUCACUGCCUCCAACAAAAAAUGUUUAUCUGUCAUUUUCUACCAUGGAAUCACCUAUUAGAGAAGUCAGAAGAACAUCCUCGGCACCAAUUGUAAUUACAUCUAGGCCUCAUACUGGACUAUAUCCAAAAAUUUCACAGGUUCCCACUGACACACCAAAGCCUGAACUAAUUGGUUCAACAGAUGGCACAUUUACCACUAUAUGGGCCAGUCCAACUGUUUUUAUGAAUACCUCAUCAGGGGAUAAAAGAACAGACAGGACUAAAUCUACAACUGCUAUUAUGAAGACGUCUGAACCAGUGAGUACGAGAACUUCAGUUAGCUUGAAGUUUUUGACAAGCACAAGGUCUUCAGCGAGCACAAGGACUUCAGCAAUCACAAGGAUGCCAGUUGGCACAACCUUGCUAACAAGCACAAAGAUUUCAGAAAGUACCACAAUUAUUCCCAUAAGGACUUCAACAAGCACAAAGCCUCAUUCUCCUAAAGGGGCUAUUACUCCUGAGCCAACUGUGAUUCAGGUUACCAGUACAAGUACACCUGAAACCUCUGCAGUAUCUGCAGAGAAUCUUUGCACCUCAAAUCCCUGUCUUAAUGGAGGCACUUGUAUCAGUAAUUGUAUUAAAUGUAGAAAGUGUGUAUGCCCACCCAACUGGCAAGGAGUGAACUGCAGCAAAGAUGUGGAUGAAUGCCUUUCAAAUCCAUGUCCAUCUCGGGCAAAAUGUGUUAAUAAUUUGGGCUCCUUCACUUGCAAAUGUUACCCUGGUUACUACCUUGAGAAGGGAACACGAUGCACUUUGGCAAGGACCUUUGCAGGUAUUUUCUACAGUGACAAUAAAUCCCAUGUGUCAAGAAUGCAGGAUCUGCAAAGUGAGAUUUUAAAAAUGGUUAAUGCAUCUCUCUUUUCUCUGAAUGGUUAUUACACAUCUGUCAUUGCAGAUUUAAGUGAGACUGAAGGCAGUGUGUCAAUCUUGAACAUGUUUGUACUCCCUGCCAAUGUGACAGCACCUGAGGUACUGAGUAGUGUGCACAAUUACAUGGAGAGUUGCAGAUAUAAGACUGGAAGCUGCCAGUUUGUUCUGAAUCAUCAGCUAUCCUAUAAAGCUGAAAAGUUAUGUAGCCUGAAAGUGCCUGAAUGUGACAAUGCAACUGCAGAAUGCAGUGAUCACAAUGGAAUUGCAGACUGCCAGUGUAAAGAUGGCUACUUCAAAUACAAUACCAUGGAUCCUUCCUGUCGAGCAUGCGAUGAUGGCUACAAGUUAGAGAACGGAACCUGUGCUCCUUGUAUGUUUGGAUUUGGAGGAUUCAACUGCAAAAGUCCUUACAAGCUCAUCACUGUGGUGAUUGCUGCAGCUGGAGGAGGGUUGCUCCUUAUCUUGGGCAUUGCAUUAACUAUCACAUGUUGCAGGAAAGACAAGAAUGAUAUCAGCAAAUUAAUCUUCAAGAGUGCCGAUUUUCAGAGAUCACCUUAUGCAGAGUUCCCCAAAAAUCCCCGGAUAUCCGUAGAAUGGGGCAGGGAAACUAUUGAGAUGCAGGAGAAUGGAAGCACAAAAAACUUGUUACAGAUGACCGAUGUGUACUAUUCAUCUGGCUUAAGAGGUUCAGAAGUGGACCGGAAUGGUAUGCAUCCUUACAGUGGCCUACCUGGAUCACGCUACUCUUGCAUCUACACUGGACAAUACAAUCCGUCUUUCAGCAGUGAAGAAACAAGAAGAAGAGAUUAUUUUUAGCCAAGUUAAAAUAGAGAUUUAUUUUUGUGUCAGACCGGAGCAUGGGACCAAUGAAACAAAAGUAAAAUCUGGAAUUGCUGCAAAAAACAUUGGAUUCUGAACAUUUAUGGUGAAGGACUGGUGGAAUGUGAAGGAAUUGUUGUGUGCAGUGUACUGUAUACAGCAGCUACUGUAGAUCACACUGAUGGACAAGUGAUAGACCUGAUCAGCUGUACUGAAUAGUCUUAUUGCAUCAGCAUACAAAGACUUUGCUUACAACUGGACAAUUGUACAUUGUGUAAUUGUGUAUUUUUUGUGGUUUGUUUUUCUAGUUUGUCAAUAACUUAUAAGCAAUCACAGUGGUUUCAGACUGAUCCAAUGGUAGCAUCGCACACAAAAGAAACACUAACUGAUGAAUUUGUGGAAGAACUGGAAACUUAACAUUUCUGGCCUGGUGCUGAGAUAUUGCUCAGGUGAAUUAGAGCAUUGCUAACUAUCAGGACUCAGGCCUUAUAUUCAUGCUGGAAAUAUGAGCAUCUGAUUUCUGAAUAUUCUGAGACUUUUCUGGAUCAAAGAAACAAAGAAACCGACAGCACAGGAACAGGCCCUUCGGCCCUCCAAGCCUGUGCCGAUCAAGAUCCUCUGUCUAACUUGUCAUCUAUUUUCUAACGGUCUGUGUCCAUUUGCUCCCUGCCCAUCCAUGUACCUGCCCAAAUAUAUCUUAAAAGAUGCUGACGUGUCUGCAUCUACCACCUCCGCUGGCAACGCGUUCCAGGCGCCCACUACCCUCUGUGUGUCUCUGGUAUCUAAUUCACAAAGCAUUCCUUUCCUUUCCAUUAAUACCUUCGCUGAUUCCAGCAGAUCUUCCAACAGAUAAAAAGAGCUAGACAGAUAAUUUUUGAUACUGUGGAAAGUGCAAAUAGAAUUUUCUUUUAUAGUUGAAACAUUCCAUCCAGAGCACAACGUGCUAUUGAGCAGCUAUUUGAAAGUGACAAAUGCUGCGUUCUGUUUGUGAUUCUCGUUAGGUUUUCUAUACUGCAAUUAAAUUCAGAAGAUUCCAAUUCUUUUCAUGCCCUGUAUUUGCAAACAUCUGAAAAUGUUGCUUCACUUCCAUUGCGAAUCUGUGUUGUUACCUCUACAAGUACAAGUUUUAGCUGUUCCACUAUAGUCGGCCCAGAUUAAUCCGCAUGUAUAAAAUGAAUAUAUACUACCUGUUGCUUUGCCCAACCUUCACCAUAUUUAUUUAUUUAUUUUUAAACAUACCAGCGACUCUGAUGCCACAAGUCAUGAAGGAAGUCAUAAACAAUUUUGGGACUAGCAAGCUUUGUACACAGUUGAUUUAAUUUUAAUCCAUUAAUGACUUUUAUUGUGACCCUAUGUUCCAUAAAAUGUAAAAGGUGUAGCUUAGAGUUGGAUGACUUGGGCCUUUGUCUUUUUGCUUCCUUCCAGUUCAAAGUGUUUGCACGACAUAAUGGCCAAUAUUUUCUUUGACCAAUGGUUAAGCUCUGCACAUUCCACACUCAGCACUUUUUUUAAAAAACGAUUGGGCUUCAUCUGCCCAACCUGCUUUCUGUCUUAAUAUAUUCUCCUUAUAUAGAGAGUUAUUUCCUUUCUUGUACUAAUUAACCUUUUGUGAAUGGUGCUUGUGGAAUUUCUAGUAAUAUCUUCUGGGUCUUUGGGAUGUUGACCAUCUUUCUUGUCACUUUAAUUCAUCUUAUUUGAUUUCCAGGACACGUUCACUCAUUAUAACUAGCUCUUAAGAGCAGAAAUUAGGCCAUUCAGCCCAUGGAGACUGCUCCCCCAUUCAAUCAUGGCUGGUAAGUUUCUCAACCCCAUUCUCCUGUUUUCUCCCCGUAACCUUUGAUCUCCUUGACAAUCAAGAAACUAUCUAGUUCCAUCUUAAAUAUACUCAAUGACUUAGCCUCCACAGCCUUCUGUGACAGUGAAUUCUUCUUUCUUAGAAAGGGACUUAGCUUCUAAACCCUUUUAAGGUAUUUUCCUAGGCAUUUAAAUUUAGUCAUAAAUAUUCCAUACGUUAUGGGAAAACCAGCUUGACAUGAUAUUCCUACUUGAUCAAACCUUUACCUUAAAAAUAAUUUACCAUCUUGUAUAAUUUUUACAUUUCAACUAGACAACUUUAGUAAACCUUCCUGAUGAAGUGCUGAUGCUUUUAAUUAACUUGACUUGGCUUUGCAUUCAAGGUGAAUAUUAGCUAUAAAUGAUUAGAUUUUCAAAACUACAUUGAAAUUAAGGCUAUCAAUACCUUUUCUUUUAAAUAAGAAAAUGACUCCUUCAAUUUUUCUUACUGUUCCUCUGCUACUGUAGCUGUGAACAUAAAGACUGUAAAAAAGUUGAAAUCGAAUUUCAGUUAGUUAGUUAUUAACUGUAAGUGUAAUCAACAGAAUGAUUUGAGUAGACUUACUGCAGAUAAGCAUCAUGUAAAGUGUGUUGGCCUUGUUAUGUGAAAAUAUAAAUCCUUUUGGAACCAGCAAAUUGUGACAAUGAUCUCUUUUAAGUCAAGUCCCUUCCCCUUUUUAAAACUUCUUAAAAGCAUGAGAAGUUUCCAUUCAAUUUAAUUAUUUUAUUGAUUGAUCCAUUUAUCUAUAUUUUGCUUUACAUGUUCAUUUUAUCUUUUUAAUGUGAAAUUCAUCAAAUCCAAGCAUGUAUCAUCUCUAUUUUGUGUUCAUAAUUUUGGAGAACACCAGUACAUUAGAUAAUCGUAAUUUCCUCUUGGUGAGCAUAUAGUGGCCAACAUUUAAUGAUUGCUUUACCAAAGAAUCGCUUCCCCAAAGUCAUUUUGCAGAUUUACUUACUACUAAUAAUUAGCUUACUAAACUAUAGUCUCCCUGUGCUAAUUUCCUCUGCUGAUUUUUUACAUUUGCAGUUUCUUAAAACUGAACUGGAAGUGAUAGUGGCUUUCUGUCAUCAAUAGUGGCCUGGCUCACACAGAAUUUAGUUAGAUAUAUAUUUUUGUGAGAUGUGAACAGUAGGAGCUAAGAGCAAUAGGAAAGAAGUGAUCAACAUCCUCAGAAAAUUUGCUGUAAUAUUGAAAAUUUGCUUUCAGUAAAUUUUGUUUGAGCAAGUGCUGUUGGUUAAUACAGAUUAUCAACUAUUGCAGAUCAAUUGUUCAAUGCUACUUCAUGAUGAGAUAGUAAUGGAUAAGGCAAAAAUGCCAGAUGAAGGUGAGAAUUUAUAUCAGUGCUUUCCUUCUCACUCAGAAAUGCCAACUUAUUAAAAAUGUUCAUUCCACUAAAGUGGUCUAAAUGUUCAUGUAAAAUAAUGAUUAUGCUCAAAAUGCUGCAUUUGCAUCAAAAAUUAGCAUUGCAGCAGAUCUGAAGUUGUGUAAGCCCUUACAGUGCAGUUCAAUUCUGAGAGCAAUUCAAUUUUUAUUUUAAAAUGUGCUGUUAGUAAUGCAUAGAGGAUAACUUUUUUCAGCUGUGGCAUGAAAGUGUUGCAUGCUUUGGAAAAAUUUGCAAGUUCUCACAGUAGAAAAAUAAUGUGAGUACUAGAAAGUAUGUUUUGACUUUAAUGCAGAUGAAAAGGUUUGGAGAGGGGUUAUUUGUUAUUAGUGGUUAAUUUUGCAUUACUCAAAUGAAGUUGUCCGUCAUUAAUUGUAGAUAUUUUUGUUAUUUUGGGUAGUUUUAUUCUUUUGUAAGGAUUCAGCAUGUGAGCCAUAAAACAGACAAAACUAAUUAAGCUUCACAUUUUGGCUGCCUUCAAACUUCUUAAAGGUUAAUAAAAUG